AUGGUCGAGAAAGAUCCUGAUCCAGUGGGGAAUCUCCAGGACGAUGACUUGGUCCAACACAUUAUCCAACUCCGAAGAAGAGGUGACAAUGAAUGUGUAAUUGAAAUCUCAGAGUCCUAUGUCGCGAAACAUCACGGCGAAGACGAGAUGGAGGACGUGGUGCUAGCCGUCGCUAACAGAGGCACUCGAUCUUGGACUGAUAUUGGUUGGUUUUUGACGUUCCGCCUGGCAUUUCAACUGCGGGGAAUGUUGCGGCGGAUGCGAGCAGUUACAAGUCCGACUGCGGGCUCGUUAGGCGCAGGCGUCUGCCGUUCAAUGUGGCUGGACGAUAGGUUCGGUGUACCAGCGCGGGCACUGCUGUCAACAAUUUCUUCUAUCGUCAAUUUCUGGCAUAAUCUCGUCUCCUUCCGUUCCGAAAAGGCGAAGAGCCCAGAAGAACAUAGGCGGAGCUGCGAACGACCUACUCAGCCCGAGGACAGUCUCAUCUUUACGCACCAUGGCCUCGCCCCUCGUAACUUGAUACUCGAAGCCUCGACAAGGAACCUGUGGGUAGUGGAUUGGGAUGAUGCGGGCUGGUACCUGAGGUACUUUGAGUUCGCUGGCAUGCGCAAUUUCAUCAUUCCCCAGGAGUGGGGGAGAUUUGACCGGCUUAGGUGGAAUUUGUUUACUUGGAUGACGACGGGGUGGUACAGGAGAGAAAGCAGGAUGUUGGCAGAGGUUCAUCGCAAAUUAAUUCGCUUCCCUGUGGCUCGGAGGUUCAAUAUCAUGGCUGGCGCAACCCUGUCGGUGAGGCCAGCGGAUGAUUGCGAAUGA